GGUUGUGCUCCAAGAUGGCGAGGUUCACUUUCAUAUUCAUCUUCCUUCUCAGCGUGUCAAGCAGUCGCGGUAUUGAUAUAGAGAGAGCAGAGUUCCUGUCCGGAAUAGCCGUGGCGAGGUGGAAUCCUGACCUAGACGUCAACCCCGAGGAGCUAGGAAUCUACCAAGAGGGUGACCUCAGGGACGACCCGCGGAUCCUCCUCGACAACAGGAACGUCAUCGCUAACCCGAAGCGCGCCUGGCCGGACGCGCGGGUGCCGUACGAGAUACAUCCUGAUUUUUCAAAAAGAGAGCGGAGAAUUAUUCUGCAAGCUAUGUACGUCAUCACAUCUCACACCUGUGUCAAGUUUGUAAAGCGAACAACAGAGAAGGGAUACCUUUCCAUUGGCAGAAAUGCUACAGGUUGCUGGAGUCACAUAGGAUACCUUGGAGGUCGCCAGUGGUUAAACUACCAGGAUCGCUGUCUGUGGAGAUUUGGCACCGUGGUUCAUGAACUGUUCCACACAUUAGGCCUCUUCCAUGAACAAAGUAGGCCAGAUCGGGAUACCUUUGUUAUGGUCAAAUGGGACAACAUUAAAUCAGGUUAUCACCAUAACUUCAUUCGGCUUGGAAACAAAAAGGCAACAACUCUUGGGGUGGAUUAUAACUAUGCCUCAGUGAUGCACUACUCGCCAAAAGCCUUCUCUAAAAAUAAGAAAAAGCUAACCAUUGUCCCUAAAAAGAACUACAAUAAAAACAUCAAGCUGAUGGGCCAACGAAAGGGACCUGCCCUUACAGACCUGGAGAAAAUAAACAAACUUUACGAAUGCAAAGACACUGAAGAGGAGAGUUAGGUUGGAUGCACAACCACAGUGAACGACACACAUGGUAAUAAUAUAAUUUUGUCGGAAUAUUAAGUAUUCUGUUUUUAGUAUGCUUUUGAGUUAUUCAAAUAUCAGUAGACAAAAAAUUAUA